AUGGAUCCCUCCGAGAAGAAGAUUUCGGUGUGGAUCUGCCAGGAGGAGAAGCUGGUGUCUGGCCUGUCCCGCCGCACCACUUGCUCGGACGUUGUGCGGGUGCUGCUGGAGGACGGCUGCCGGCGACGACGGAAGCAGCGGCGGGGCCGGCGGCGGGGACUGGCCGGCGACUCACCAGGGCCCGGGGAGCUGCCAGAACCUCCGGACGACGAGGACGACGAGGAGGACGAUGACCAGGCGCUGCCGCAGGGCAUGUUGUGCGGACCCCCUCAGUGCUACUGCAUCGUGGAGAAGUGGCGCGGCUUUGAGCGCAUUCUGCCCAACAAGACGCGCAUCUUGCGCCUCUGGACAGCUUGGGGAGACGAACAAGAGAAUGUGCGCUUCGUGCUGGUGCGCAGCGAGGCGUCCCUGCCCAACACCGGGCCCCGCAGCGCCGAGGCGCGCGUGGUGCUCAGUCGCGAGCGCCCCUGCUCGGCCCGGGGCCCCCCGGCGCGACCCAGCGUGGCCAUGAACCAGGAGAAGCAGCGGCGGGUGGUGCGCAAGGCCUUCCGCAAGCUGGCCAAGCUCAACCGGCGGCGCCAGCAGCAGCCACCGUCGUCGCCCUGUUCGUCCACGUCGUCUUCCACCACCUCGUCCUGCUCGUCGUCGCCGCGGGCUCGGGAGAGCGCGUCAGUGGAGCGCAUGGAGACGCUGGUGCAUCUGGUGCUCUCGCAGGACCACACCAUCAGGCAGCAGGUGCAGCGGCUCCGGGAGCUGGACCAGGAGAUCGACCGCUACGAGGCCAAGGUGCACCUGGACCGCAUGCGGCGGCACGGGGUCAACUACGUGCAGGACACCUACUUGGCAGGCGCGGCCUUGGAGCUUGACGAGUUCGAUCCAGGAGAGGAACCCGAGGCGGCGGCAGAGGGGAAGGAGGUGGCGGCCGCGGCGCCCUUGGACGGCGAGGCGCAGGCAGCGGCGCUGGAGGAGCUGUCCCGGCGCUGCGACGACCUGCUGCAGCUGCAGGAGCAGCGGGCGCAGCAGGAGGAAUUGCUGGAGCGCCUCUCCACUGAGAUUCAAGAGGAGUUGAACCAGAGGUGGAUGCGCCGGCGCCAGGAAGAGCUGGCUGCGCGCGAAGAGCCCCCGGAGCCCGACUGUGGCCCCGACGGCGAGCUACUGCUGGAGCAGGAGCGAGUUAGGACGCAGCUGAGUACCAGCCUCUACAUAGGGCUCCGGCUCAACACGGACCUGGAGGCCAUCAAGUCGGACUUGGAUUACAGCCAGCAGCAGUGGGACAACAAGGAGCGCGAGCUGCAGGGCCUUCUUCAGACUUUGCACACUUUGGAGUCGACAGUGGUCCCGGAUGAGCCUCCUGGCUCGGGGGAACCCUCCAGGGAUUCCCGGACCCACAGCUGUGCCGAGGUGUGGGUGGACCAGGCCCGAGGAAUGGCCAAGAGCUGUCCUGGCAACGAUGAGGACUCUGAUACGGGUUUGAGCUCUAUGCACAGCCAGGACUCAGAUUCCGUCCCUGUGUGCGAAUCCCUUGUGUAG